AUGCGUGGCGCAGGCAUCUUUCACCGUCUCGGGAUCCCCUAUGGCUGGCGCUGGUCCCCUACCUUUCUUCUCCGCUGGUUUCUCGAACUCGACCCCACGUACCGUGUGCAUCUCCCCGAGUCCACGCGCCUAGAGCUGAAGUUGAGGCCGACUGAACUAGCCAAGGUGAAGCAUCCCAAGGAUAAAGCGUUAUCUGUAGAUGGGGAUUUGGUGAGGAUGGGGAUUCGGGAUGUUAGUGAGGCGUUGGCGCAGGGGCUGGGGGUGGCAAGGGAGGAUGCGAAGGGGGUUUGUGAAGCGUGGCCAUUUCGGGUAGAGGAUAUUAAGGAGGACUUGAAGGUCAAGUUGUGGUAUGGAAAAGAGGAUGUUUUCGUGCCUAUUGUUCAUGGGGAGCAGAUUGCAGCGCGAUUGGGGGGAAGGGCCGAGUGUCGUUUUGAGAAGGAUACGCAUAGCAGCAUUUUCUUUGGUUGGAGGAGAGAGAUUUUGGAGAGUAUACUGAGGGAUAUGUAG